CCUGAUGGCGGCAGUUGCAUUGUCAGUCAAAGACAAAUUUCUUGUUCUACUGGCCUCUAUGAAGUGAAAGCAGAUUAUAUGAAAAGCAAUGCUGUUGGUACACAUCAAGAUUUACUCAGGUUAUGCAUAUUCGACAAGGAUACUAUUGGCAAUGAAGAUGUGGAGAAUGUUGUCUUAUUGCAAGCAGUUGGUAAAUUUAGUAUUUGUUACUCGUUACUGCAAAAUAUA